AUGACAACCAACUGCUCAUUUAAGGAUGUGGACGAGCUGAUGCAGUCUGUGGAGUUGGUCAUAUAUGUGCCAACCUUUGUGUUUGGGCUGCUCCUCAACACCCUUGUCCUGGCAGUCUUCUGUGUCAAACUUCAAAAAUGGAAUGAAUCCACCAUUUUCAUGACCAACUUGGCUGUGAUGGACCUGCUUUUGCUCCUCCUGCUGCCGUUCAAGAUGCACGCCACACACCACUGGUGGGCAGCCAGCAGGAAGUUGGCCUGUUCUUUCUUGGAGACCAUGUAUUUUGUGGGAAUGUAUGGAAGCAUUUAUACCAUUACCUGCCUUGCUCUGUACCGCUACAUUGUCAUUCGGUACCCGAUGCGGGCCAAAGAGGUUCACUCUCCAAAGGCUGCCAUCAUUGUCUGCAUGACCAUCUGGGUUCUGGUACUGGGAGCCACAUCACCGGUCUACAGUUUCCGUGACAACUCUGACCAACCCUUCCACUGUUUCCAUGGCUUCUCAGACAAAGGCUGGAGCCCUGCUUACAUAGGCUGCGUGGAAGUAUUUGGCUUCCUACUCCCAGCAACUGUGCUCAUGGUGUGCUCUUUACAGAGCAUCCGCACACUCAAGCAGUCACACGAACGGAGCACCAAGAGCCGUGUGGGCGAGCAGAUCAUGUACAGCAAUCUCUGUGGCUUCCUGAUACCUUUCACCCCCUGUCACCUGGGAAUCUUCCUGCAGUUCCUCGUGCGCCAAGGAGUUAUCACAGCCUGCCAGUCUCAGACUGGGAUUGCCUUGUUUCUCCAGGUUGCCAUGUGCUUGGCCAAUGUAACCUGCUGCCUGGAUGCCCUCUGCUCCUACUUCAUCAUCAAGGAAGUUCGCUCCCCCCAAGGAAAUCGCCAGACAAUCUUCAAGCAAGAGGGGGACCGACACAUCAGAACUGUAGUGCACUAUUGUGAAUCAUUUAUGAUAAAAGACGAGCGACAGUGGUACAGGAGGUAG